UCGGCCUCGCACGCAAGGCUGAGCUCCAUCGACCUGCCCUCCAACACCUCUGCGUCGUCAUACCGCAAUCUUCCAACCUUGACCUGGAGCGAAGCUUAAACAUUCGCGAUGGUGCCCCCGCCUUCGCAACCGCCGGCUCGGACGGGCAUGUCGCUGUAUGCGAACCUGCUCGAGACCGACAGCUCGGCGUCCAUCUCUCGCGAUCCGGUGCUGUUCAAGGACGAGGCUACAGCAAAGAAGACCAUCGAUCCCGGUAUGGUUGCCACGGCGGAGAGCACGGUGUUUUGGAUAUAUAACAGGGACUAAUUUUUCUCCCACAGCCCUCCGCUUCCAACCCAUCCGCCGUCCGCAAGUCAAGCAGCCCGCGAAAGCCAAACCAGGCUUCCUAAAGGCGCCGCCCGCUGUCCCGUCAGCAGUCGCAGCCGCAGCCGCAUCCCCAGCGGCAGCAAGUGCUGCGAGUACGGCCGCACCUGCCCAGCCGCGCAGCACCCUCGCCGACUGGGCCGCCACCGAGGAGGACGAGUACCUGUACGGCACCGGCGAGAAGCGGC